CACGGGCAGUGCUGAAGGCCUCAGGCUGGCACCACGCCCCAGAAAAUGGCCCAGAAGAGGCUAGUUCGGGUGUCGCUGGAUCGACCCACCUCUGCUGUGUGUGUGCUGGGCACUGAGAUUGUGGUGGACCUGCAAGGAUGUGCCCCAGAUGGGUGCAAGUUCUUCGAAAUCUGUGCCACACCGGGAGUGGUCAUUGACCUCAACUGCCAUCCUAUCAAGAGGUCACCUUCAGGCACUUUCAAAUGUCUUCUGGAGCCUGGGGUGGAGAUGACAGUGAGGAUGAAAACCCCAAGCACCCUUCUUAAUGAUCAAAAGGUCAAGAUCUCCUAUUUAGGACCCAAAUCAAGUUCUGCCCAGGCCUUGCUCUACCUCACUGGUGUCCAAAUCUCCCUGGAUGUUGACACUUACCGAAAUGGCAGAGUAAAGCCUACCGACGGCAAGAUUGACAAGAGAAAUUGGACAUGGGGCCCCAAUGGACAAGGUGCUGUCCUGCUUGUGAACUGUGACAAAGAUAGUCCCAGGUCUUCUGAGGUGGAUGCUGAGCUGAAGAAGGUGACUAAUUACAAAGACCUGAAGGACAUGUCCCUCAUGAUUCUGAGCACACAAACUCCAAAGGAUUUCUUUGCCCGGCACGAGCUGAUUCUACAUGUUUCCAAAUUUGAGAUGGAUAAAGUGAGAGUUUUUCAAGCUGACCAGAAGAAACUGCUAUCCAAAUAUAAGAUGAUCCUGGGGCCAAAGAUGCCAUCUCACGUCCUAAAGGUGCUUGACGGCCCCCAAGAGAACACCUUUUUCGUAGAAGGACUUGCCUUCCCCGAUGUUGACUUCUCAGGGCUCGUUUCCUUCACUGUCUCUUUGAUGGGCAUCUCUAAUCUGCCAGUCCCAGAGGCUCUGCUUUUCCAGGACACUGUGGUGUUCCGUGUGGCUCCCUGGAUCAUGACUCCAAACACUCAGGCCCCCCAAGAGGUAUAUGUAUGCAGGACUUAUGAUAAUGAGAACUUUGUGGAAUCUGUGACUGCUCUGGCCAAGAAGGCCAAAUGCAAGCUGAUCAUCUGUCCUGAAGAAGAAAACCAGGAUGACAUAUGGAUGCAGGAUGAAAUAGAGUUUGGUUACAUCCAAGCCCCUCACAAGAUAUUUCCUGUUGUCUUUGACUCACCCCGUAACAGAGGACUGAAAGAUUUCCCUAUCAAAACUGUUCUGGGCCCAGAUUUUGGUUAUGUGACGAGAGAGGAAAAUAAAGAUUUGAUCACUGGCCUGGACUCCUUUGGCAACCUGGAGGUCAGCCCGCCUGUCACAGUCGGAGACAAAAAGUACCCUCUGGGCAGGAUCCUCCUGGGCAACAGCAGCUACCCCAGGGAAGAAAGCAGAGAGAUGGUUAAAGUACUCCAGGACUUCCUUUUCUCCCAGAAGGUCCAAGCACCUGUGAAACUCUUCUCUGAUUGGUUGUCUGUCGGGCACGUGGAUGAAUUCCUCAGCUUUGUCCCAGCCCCAGAUGGGAAGGGAUUCAGGCUCCUCCUGGCCAGCCCCAGCACCUGCUACAAGCUAUUUGAGGAGAAACAGAAGGAGGGACAUGGAGAUGCUAAGAUGCUUGAGGGGGUUAAGAAAAAAGGAAAUAAGACGAUAAAAGACAUUCUAUCGGACAAAACCUUGAGAGAGCACAAUCAGUAUGCCGAGAGCUGCAUUGACUGGAACCGGGAGAUCCUGAAGCAGGAAUUGGGCCUGACCGAGCAGGACAUCAUUGACAUCCCGCAGCUCUUCUACCUCAAGAUGCAGGUCUCCACAAAAGCUCUGAAAGCCGAGGCUUUGUUCCCAGACAUGGUGAACAUGCUUGUGCUGGGGAAGUACCUGGGGAUCCCCAAGCCCUUCGGACCCAUCAUCAAUGGACAGUGCUGCCUCGAGGAGAAGGUGCAGGCCCUGCUGGAGCCUCUGGGCCUGAAAUGCAUUUUCAUUGAUGACUAUUUUUCCUAUCACCUCCGCUCAGGAGAGGUGCACUGUGGCACCAACGUCCGCAGAAAGCCUUUUCCCUUUAAAUGGUGGAACAUGACGCCCUGAGUGGGCUCCCCUGCCAUAACGUCCCCUUAUUUGUUCAGUAUUUGUAAGCCAGCAACAGAGGGCUGCUCACUGUGCUCAUCUGUCUCCUGGUGCUACAGCCCCGCUUGUCUGCCCCUGCCCCUCACCCCCCUCAGCCAGGCCUGUUCUGGCUGCCCUGCCAUGCGCUGUCUAGCUGGAGAUAUGGAGACUGUCACCCACCAAGCAGCACCAGAGUCAAAAAUGGAUUGAGGUCUAAAAGUCCAUGGCCAGGCGAGCACACGCUGGGAAAACCGUAAUAAAGUUGUGAGGACUUUGUAACUGUG